AUGAUGUUUAGAUGCUCGGCCCGAAUUUUUUGGUGUCGUAACAGUAGCCACCUCCACCACUCCUGCCGCCAUAGCCAUCGCAUUCACGUUGGCCUCCACAGCAACCGUCGUUACCCCCACCAUACCCACCUCCCCGCCCUCAUGAUGCGGCCCACCUCAAAACCCACCACCGCCUCCACCACCAUGCAACUGCGGGACUGGCCCUUGUUCACGGUGAUAUUCCGAUCGUCGAGCUCUUGGGAAGGAAAAAGAAGCAAGGGAAGAAGAAAAAUAUAUUACAGCAGAAAAGUUUCAUCAUCAAAAUCCGUUGUCCAUCGGAUCAACUUCUCUAUACCUGUCAGUCAUCCUAUUGGCAACUCCCAAGGCAAGCCAUUUCCAAUAGUAACGUUUCAACGGAGAAUUGACUCCAUCUACAACCUCAAGACAUGGCUCAUAGCCCUGAUAUGCGAGCUCGAGGAGCGUGAUCAAAGCAAAUCCAUAUUUAUCUUCGCCAGCAGCCAGUAUCCCCUCAACUUCAUCCGCAAGCAUAUCGAAGCCAUGAAUGAAUGUUUCUACAGGAAAAAGUUCACAAAAGAGGCGAUCCAGUUCUUUGCUAAACCUGGUGAUAGAAGAGAUUCGCCGGAGGUACAGCCAUGGGUUUUCAACUGUGGGAUAAUCCAAAAUGUAUUUAAUCGCUUGUUCAAACUCCUCCGCAAACGGCGAGGAGGAUACGAAUUUCACCACAACAUAGAAUCUCUGUUCCCAGACAGCCUUGCUAGUAGGGUCAGCUAUAAUGAGUUCGUUACAGAGUUGAAGUUCCUCGUCCCAUCUUCCCGUGCUUUCGAUGGCCUUCUGUCUCUGAAGCCAGGCAUAACAAUAAAAUUCAUCCUUUUUAGCCUUUAUCCAUCUGUCUUCCCAAAAGGUAGGGUUGUUCUCAUCAUACGCUGCGCUGCUGGAGUCGGUAUCCUGUUCAUGUUCAGAGCCACUGAUGAAUCGACGCACCUCAUCCGGCCCAAAAAGUCUUCAAAUUUACAACCCCUAAUUAUCCUCGCCGAAAUUGUAGAAGCAGGGCGCAAGACGGAGGUAAUUGCGCCGGCGACUGCAGUGUUGUUGCUUUCCAAGACCACAGCCACACCGAUGGACGGCCGACUACUCUCAGUUAUGGACAUUAUGUGCCGCCGCUGCGACAACUCCAGAUCAAAACCCACCCGGCCACCCGCCUUAUUAGUAUCUUCUUCUUAA